GUCAAACUAGUACUUACUGCUCGCAUAUGUCCUCGCAAUACGACGUUCUCAUUGUCGGCGCGGGCAUCGCUGGCUCUGCUCUUGCCCACGCACUGUCCCGGUCUUCAGCUCCGCAACGCCGUAUUGCUCUCCUGGAGCGGAGUCUUGCUGAACCUGACCGCAUAGUCGGCGAGCUUCUCCAACCCGCGGGCGUCGCCUUCCUCAACAAACUCGGCUUACAAGGCGCACUAGAAGGCAUAGACGCGAUACCUGUACACGGAUACGCGGUCGUUCAAGAUGGUCGCAUCGUCCACAUUCCAUACCCCGACGCCCGAGAAGGUCGGAGUUUCCACCAUGGACAAUUCGUGCAGGGACUCAGGGAACAUGCAAAGCGCGCAAAAGGCGUAGACGUCAUCGAGGCAACCGUCAGCGAACUAGUGGAAGAGGGAGGGAGGGUCGUCGGUGUAAAAGCUACGCGUUCAAGCGGGAAGGAGAAAGAGGUUUUCCGCGCAGACCUAACAAUCAUCGCCGACGGGUGCUUCUCCAAUUUCCGCAGUACCGUCCAAGGUCCAUCUUCACGCCCUUCGCAGACAAAGUCGCACUUCUGUGGUGCCAUACUCAAAGAUGUACGAUUACCAAUGUCACAGCACGGCACUGUCGCACUCGUACGUGGCCACGGACCCGUAUUGCUAUACCAAAUAUCAGAACACGAUACCCGCAUGCUCGUAGAUGUUAAAAAUCCCUUGCCGUCUGACCUAAAGAAACAUAUCAUCACUAAAAUUGUACCUUCCCUCCCCCCUCAAUUGCAUGAACCGAUCCGUGCCGCUCUUUCUGCAGAUCGUCUCCGCCGCAUGCCAAACUCAUUCCUACCACCCGCCCCUCAAUCACACCAACGCGGUGUCAUCCUCCUUGGAGACGCGUGGAACAUGCGUCAUCCGCUAACAGGUGGCGGUAUGACAGUCGCGCUCUCAGACGUAUACAUCCUUUCCCAGCACCUCGAUAAAGUAAAUGACCUGAAGGACUGGACUCAGAUGAAGAGCAUCCUCAAAAAAUGGUGGUGGGAACGUAAAGGGUUGGCUGCGACGAUUAACAUUCUGAGCGUCGCCCUGUAUGAUCUAUUCGGGGCAGAUGGCGAGUGUUUGACUGUCCUCCAAGACGGCUGUUUCAAGUAUUUUGAGCGGGGAGGGGAAUCGGUGCGCGGUCCGGUAUCGUUGCUGAGUGGGAUCUCACCAUCAACCUCGCUCCUUGCAUACCACUUUUUCUACGUGGCAUUUUAUUCCAUGUGGUCGCUCUUUGCACACCCUCGACCUAUACCCGCGCCUCCUACAAACGGCGAGUCGAAUAUGAAUGGCACCCACGUAACCGGGAACGGCACCGCCCAUGCAACCGGGAAUGGCACUGACGAAAAAUAUUCGGACACGCGUAUCAUGCAGACGCCUUCAAUACUCGACUACCCCCGACUCUUCUGGCUGAGCUGUAGAGUCUUGUGGACAGCGUUGGUAGUGUUUGGACCCCUAUUGUGGACAGAGAUCCGUUGGUGGUGAGCUUAGAUGAUUUUAUUUCUAUUUUGGACAGAGCUAUUCAGGACGAUUGUUAUAUUAUAUAUACUUAGCGCCUAAUCGUAUGGAGGUGGGAGGUUCAAUCGAUCCCGCUGAAAAGUGGGGUCUGAGGGGUGAGCUACAAUUCCGUGGAGGUGCUACCGUUCCCGUCUCAGCAGUGCAUCUCUAUUUUUAUGAGGCGUUUCUGACCGCAUUCGGAUAUGCUACAUGGUAUUCACAUAUCGGCUAUCUGUUCUAUCGACUAUCAUUGACGUACAAAUGGUGGUGGACGUGUACACGGCGACUCGC